GGCCAUCCGUCUCUUCCUGUUCGCCCCUGCACUCGAUAUGAGUCGGAAUAUCAAGAUAACGUACGACCUGAAGGUGCCAGAAGGCACUUCUGCUCCGGCGCUCGAUAACCCGCAGACGCUGCAGUUCCCGGUCGCCGAGAGUGCGGACAUAAAAGUAUACUAUUCAGGCUUGAGGGAGAGCAUCGAGCGGGCCAAGAACACAGUGGGAGAGGAGCUGACGGCGUGGAGAGAUGCAGUAGGGAACAGGGAGCAGUCGAAGGAAAUGAAACUAGCAAAGAAGGACGAGGAAGAGGGGGACGAGGACGACGAUGAAAAUGAAGACGAAGCGUGAAGCCGAACGAUUACUCUUUGACCGCGGGGGUUAUGUAGGUU